UCAAGCCUUGAGGAUAAGCCUUACCUUUGGAAUAACCCAAAUCCUCUCUUCAUUUGUGAGACUCCUUCCAUGGCUGCAUCUUCUGCAGCUCUCAAUUCCCUUUCGUCUCUCUCCCUUCCCUCUUCUUCCCGCUUCUCUCUCCUCCCCACCACCAAAUUCACCUUUUAUAUCCUUCCCAAAACCUCACAACCAUUUCUCUCUACCUCCUCAUCCCCCAUUAUCCCCAAACCCAAAUCCAAGUCCUCCGACGACAUCGACACCUCCUUCUUCGACAAUGUAAGGCCAGAAGAAGACGUCGCCUUCAACCCUCCUGAACCUCCCGAAGGCUUCAUUCCCCCUUCUCCCGUCGAUGACGGUCCGAUGGAGACCGAAGAGGAAAUCGCCGCUGCUUAUGAGGAGCUUUAUGGACCUGCAUACAGUGGUGUCUCUGUUCUGGGCAACGAUGUGCAUGUAAUGGACUCUAAGAUAAAAAAAGACACUGGGUUCGGCUCCAAGGGGAAGAAAGAGAAGGUUAAGGAUGGUUUUGAAGAAAGGGUAGUACAGGUCAGAAGGGUGACCAAGGUUGUAAAAGGAGGAAAGCAGUUGCACUUCAGGGCAAUUGUUGUUGUGGGUGACAAGAAAGGCCAAGUGGGCGUAGGAGUUGGGAAAGCAAAGGAGGUUAUAGGAGCAGUUCAGAAAUCUGCUGUAAAUGCAAGGCGGAAUAUCAUCACAGUGCCUAUGACUAAGUACCUGACUUUCCCACAUAGAUCUGAGGGAGAUUAUGGAGCAGCAAAGGUGAUGCUUAGACCUGCUUCACCUGGUACUGGAGUUAUUGCUGGUGGAUCUGUGAGAAUUGUUCUAGAAAUGGCAGGCGUUGAGAAUGCUUUGGGAAAGCAACUAGGAAGCAAUAACGCCCUCAACAAUGCCAGAGCAACAGUUGUUGCUGUGCAGAAAAUGAGGCAGUUCCGCGAAGUUGCUGAGGAGCGAGGUAUCCCAAUGGAAGAACUAUGGAAAUAAUGGAAUUCAUGAAGUUGCUAUUCUAUGUGAUUUUUAUUUCAUCCAUCUGGGAUAUAGAAAGUGUCAAAUUGAACCAUUUUUUGUUGUGAAGUUCUCUAGGUUAAUUAUUUCAUGGGAAAAAGAAAGGUAGUUGCUCCUUCAACUUGUAUGAAAAUUUGAGAUAUUUCGUGCUUGCCUAUUGGCGUGUUUCAGAAUU